AUGAAACCCUGGUCGACCGCGAUCGGCGUCGACAAUCCGAAAGGUACGGCCAAUGCAGAGCAAUUGUUCCUAUGCAGUGGUCAACUCACAUGUAUCAGAUAUAUCCACCUGCUAGAGGCCGAGCUCAGUCAAUACCGUACCGCAAGCCAGACAGGAACUCCAAAUGUGCAAAGCAAUGUUAGAAGCGAGGCGCACCCCGUUCUGAAUCCCGUCAACACCGAAGUACUUCCGAUUCACAAUUCAAACGAGCCGGUAGUGGCUUCAGGUACCUCUCAGAGCCCAGUCUCGCUUGUCAGUAAUGGCGGUACGCGUGUUCUCAAGCAGCUUCCGCCUGAGCAGCAAGCAUUGGGAUCCUCCACCCGCAGCUUUCUGGUGGAAGUUCAGCAAGCGCCGCUGCUCAGUUCGGUAGCCCCCUUCGAAGAAAUCGCGACCGAACCAGGUGCUGAGAAUGGAUUCUUCAGCAAACAAUUUCACGAUCAAAUUGCAAGGCUGCCCUCAUUAUCUCUGGGCAACACUAUCAAUGCUCCUCGAAUCGAUGCAUCCUGGCUGCAGCACUUCGAGAACGUUUAUUUCAGCUACGUACACUAUUCAUUUCCUUUCUUGGACCCGAAAACUUGGUACGGCAAGAAGGUUGCGAUGAUGUUGACUUCUGGCGUUCCGGACCAUAAUGAAAACCUCAGCAAGGCCGAUCCUUCUGCUCUAUGCAUGGUUGAUAUGGUCUAUGCUCUGGGAGCGCUAUGGUCAACGCGACUGGAGCCUCAACAGUGUAUACCUAUGUCCGAGAGAUUUUUCUUAGCAGCCAAAAGACUUGUGAGUCUUGAUGAUCUUGAGAUGCCCAGCUUACACCUGGCACAAAACCUUUUGCUCCUUACACAAUACUGUAUCACCCGUGUCCAUCGUCAGCGAGGAUUCCUACACGCCUCCAUGACUUACCUAGGUCUUGCAGUUCGUGUCUGCCGAAGUUUGAAGUUCCCGAGCAUUCGUUAUACCGGGAGCCUACCUAGUCACGACGUGACUGCACUCAAACUCUGGUGGACUUGCAUAUACUACGACAUUGUUUUUGCAUCUACAUGUGGGGAGCCCACCAUAAUCAACGCCCUCGAGUUCAAGAUGGCAGAGCGUUCACAGCUAGGCUUGAAGAAUAGUCUUGUCCAAGAAACUGCGUUCCAUUCAGAAAGCUAUUUUGAGAACAAUGUUCCGCUGUCACUCAUGCUGCAGGACCUGUGUGCAGAACUACAUGAAGCAUCCUCGGACUACCAAGAUACUUUGCAAGGAAGCCUUUUCAGUGGGAACUUUAGCUCUCUACAGCGGCACGAGACCAAUCUCACGAGAUGGUAUGCAAGAUUACCGGUCGAGUUGAAGGCGGAUUGCAGGUGCUCCGUCAUCGACGAGCGUCUGUUACUUGAGCAAAGAAUGAAUCUUCAUAUUCGGUACCACUAUACUCAGAUAUUAUUAUAUCGGCCGGCAAUAUCCUCCCUGCUCAAGCUGCAAGCCAGACCGGGAAGUGUGGAAGCCUCAGGUGACCAUAGCUUACAGGGUUCGUUCGCGCUCAACGGGCUCAAACAGUUUGCAUGGAAAUGCCUCGAGGCGGCUGUCCGUACAGUUGAUUUACUACGCACCUAUCAGGAAAGUGGACGAGAGAUUAUGAUUCCUGAGCGCAACUUUACCCCCUUUUGUUUCUACCUCUACAACUCGAUGUUAGUCAUGAUUGCUGCGCGAUGUUGCGCCGACGACGGAUUCUAUGAGAUUGACCUUCAUACAAAAUGGCAUCAGGCACUCAAAAUCUUGCAGCGCUACCAAUUGACCUCAAAAACAAUCGACAUACCUUUCAGAUUUUUUGACGUCAUCAACGAGCGUUUGUUUCGAGACACCAACGAAGGAGAGCCGGCUUCAAAUUUACUUCAGUUUUCAGAAAGCUGGAAUAUGUUCGACUGGUAUCAGGAAGACGAUACCUUUGGUCAAAAUCAAACCGACAUGUUCCAGAACCAGGCUGCGCAAACGGUCGACACGAUGAGCUCGCAGUGGUUAGGAAGUUUUCUGACCCGUUGA